UGACUGGAGCGAAUGCGUGUUUGGUGUAAAGCGGUUGUGUUUGGACGUCAGGAUAUUUCACUGAACAGAGAGGUGCAGAGUGUGUCUAGUGGAGCUUUAUUUUCACAGUACCGCUAAUAUGGAGCCCAGACAACAGGAGCUGUACUCUAGCGUACUGACUCCUGAAGCAGUAGACUGGGAGGACAGAGAAACCUUCCAGGCAGGUUUAUUAGACAAGGAGUCUCUAAAGGAAGCGGAUGAGGACAUGGUGUCAGAAGUGGACCUUAACAACACAUACACAGAAGAGGAGCGAGAGGAAAUGGAGAAUGAGUUGACUAAGUUAGAAGAAGAAAUCACUACUUUGAAACAAGUCCUGGCCUCCAAAGAGAAGCGUCACUUGGAGUUGAAACAGAAACUGGGGAUCACGGCUCUGAGUGAACUGCGGCACAACUUCAACAAGAGCUGGAAUGACAUGCAGACCAGCACAGUAUAUAAAAAGACGUCUGAGACUCUGAGCACAGCAGGACAGCGAACCUCAGCGGCUUUCAGUAACCUGGGCACCGCCAUCAGCAGGAAGUUCGGGGAUAUGAGCUAUUCUGUACGGCAUUCAAUGAGCAUGCCUGCCAUGAGGAACUCGCCUAGCUUCAAGUCCUUUGAGGAGAAAGUUGAAAGCACAGUUUCAAACAUCAAGUCAAAGGUUGGAGGAACAGGAGGAGCGGGCAGUUUUGAAGAGGUCCUGUCUUCAGCUGCACACGCCAGCGCACAGGACACCCCUACCAAUAAUGUGACAGAGAGCAGCGAACGCUCAUGCUAAAGCUGACAAUGGAACACAGAUGGAACUGUAAUGCUCCCUAGUGGUGUGGAGAAUUUGGUGAAAAAUGCCCAGGGGGCCCAACAUUUGCUGCGUCCCAAUUUGCAUACUUAUACCAUAAAAAUAUGUACUCUUUAUGUGAGGACAUAUUUGUGAGUGUGCAACAGAAGAGUUUGUGAGCUUUUGGACAAACUAUUUUAUCGUUAAUGGAUUGUUAUGUUGCUUAAUUACAGGCAUCAUAUUGUCACAUCAUCCACAUUUCAUUUAUGAUGAAUUUGCUAUUAAAUUUGAGAUUAAGUAGCAUGUUAUACAGCCUUUUACAGAGAAAUCUACACAUUUGUUUGCAUAAUUGUGCAUUCAAAGGUUAAUGGCCGAAUGCAUAUAUAUAAUAACGUUUCAGAUGAAAUAUAUAGUGGAUAACAGGACAUAUUUUUCAUCUGGUUAAAUAUUAAUCAUAAGUUCUUUAAACGCUUUUACUUAAAAGCCUCUUCACUUAACGGCCAUAUGCACCCACCAUGUUUGUAUUUUUUUAAGCACAUUUUACCAGUGUUUGUAGUCUUUACAUCUAAUCGGAUACAUCUGCACUACAAAUUUCUCCCAGAAAUAGCACACUAUCUAGUUAACACUCAUUUAAACUACUAUGAUUUGUGACACUGGGACUGGGAUGGAUAGUAUGCUAAUUGGGAUGCAGCAAUGGUAAUAAUACAUGCUUUUGUGUGCUGGUGGAUUAUCCGUCCAAAAUGUUUCUAAUCUUUUGUAUGGAAGAAAAAUAACCAAGUGGAGCAUGUAUAUUCUUUAACUUUUCUUCGAAAUGUGUAUAUUUUCUUAGGAGACUUUGGAGCAGUCUUACGUUAUUAUUAUUUAUACUAACUCAACAUUAAUGUAACCGUAACAAAGCAUGAUGCUUUUCCCAGACCAAAAAUACUGGCUGAAUAUCCAAACCUAAGUGCGGUACUUGAAAGUAUGUUUAUGACUUUAAUGUUGUCAUAUAUCUUAAUAUGAAUAUAUUUCUGUUGUAUUCAGUCCUCGGUUAAACACUGACAAAAAUGAUUCAUUGGAUUUACUCAAUGUUUUUUAAGUUAAGUGGUUUCGAACUAUUUAUACGGGCUGAAUUUAAACCAUUACUAAAUUUAAUUACUUUGUUUAAAUUUAGCCCAUAUAAGUAGUUUGCUGCCACUUACCUUAAAAACAGUGUAAAUCCAAUGAAUAGUUUUUUUUAGUGUAGAUCAUGUUUGCUGUUAACAAAUGCAAAUUAUAGAACAAUAACAAUUGUCAACUAGCAGAAAUGUAUAGCGUUAUUAUAUUGUUUUUCUUUAUUAUACAUUAUUAUUAAGGUUGAUUAAAAGAACAGAAUUUUCCCAAA